AUGCCAGGAGUCAUUGGCAAGAUGCUGCUGUUAGCAACGGCGAUGCUGCUGGGGUGUGCGCCGCUGCUGUGCGUGGCACUAGGAUCUCAGCACGUCAAGUCGAUGCGACCGGGCAGCAAGUUCACCCCAAGCCACGGCGAGAUCACCUCGUUUCCGGGCUUUGACGGGCCGCUGCCAUCCAA